UUUUAUAACGCUAAUAUUAUGAUUGCAUGAUGGAUGAUGACGGCGGUCUCAGUUUAGGACUUGGCGAAGGCGACCGACGACGAAACAGCUGACUGACGGAAAGACGGCAAAAUGAUGCAAACAACUGUGUGGACCCGAUUAUCUCACGCUGCAAAGGUACCUGUGGCACGUAAGCCCAUCCUUGCUCUAAGCUCCUCAACAGUCCAGAAGAGACAUGCUUCUCAUGAAGCAGAUUUGGUUGUUAUCGGUUCUGGACCUGGAGGAUAUGUUGCUGCCAUCAAAGCAGCGCAGUUAGGCAUGAAAACUGUGUGUGUAGAGAAGAAUACAACAUAUGGUGGAACAUGUCUUAAUGUUGGAUGCAUUCCAUCUAAAUCUCUCCUUAACAAUUCUCAUUACUAUCAUAUGGCAAAGAGCAAAGACUUUCUUGAACGUGGCAUUGAAGUGGCAAAUGUCCAGCUUAAUCUACCAAAGUUGAUGGCUGCCAAAGACAAAGCAGUCUCAUCACUCACUGGAGGUAUUGCACAUCUGUUCAAAAAUAAUAAAGUCCUCGGACUUAAGGGUCACGGAAAAAUCAUUGGCCCCAAUGAGGUAUCAGUCAUAAAGGAAGACAACACAACAGAUGUUGUAAAAACAAAAAACAUUCUCAUUGCCACUGGUUCAGAAGUGACACCAUUCCCAGGUAUUGAAGUGGAUGAGGAAGUCAUUGUUUCAUCAACCGGGGCCCUGAAACUCGCUAAAGUGCCUGAGAAGAUGAUCCUUAUUGGAGCUGGUGUCAUUGGUUUGGAACUGGGAUCAGUAUGGUCACGUCUUGGUGCUCAGGUAACUGCUGUGGAAUUUCUUGGAUCCAUUGGUGGUGUAGGUAUUGAUGGAGAAAUUUCUAAGAACUUUCAAAGGAUCUUAACCAAACAAGGAAUGAAGUUUAAGCUCGGUACUAAGGUACUAAGUGCAACAAGACAAGGUGAUAAAGUUAUUGUCAGUGUGGAAGGAGUAAAAAAUGCCAAGAAAGAAGAUUUGGAAUGUGACACACUGUUGGUAUGCGUUGGUCGCCGACCUUACACUAAUAAUCUAGGUUUAGAAGAACUGGGCAUUGAAAAGGAUACUAAAGGCCGUAUACCAGUCAAUCAACGUUUCCAGACAGUCAUCCCUACUGUUUAUGCCAUUGGUGACUGUAUUCAUGGGCCAAUGUUGGCACAUAAAGCAGAAGAUGAGGGCAUUGUUUGCGUUGAGGGAAUGGCUGGUGGUCCUGUACAUAUAGAUUAUAACUGUGUUCCAUCAGUGAUUUACACACACCCAGAAGUUGCAUGGAUUGGCAAGACAGAAGAGGAUCUCAAAGCAGAGGGUGUGGAGUAUACGGUUGGAAAAUUCCCCUUUGCUGCAAAUUCUCGAGCCAAAUGCAACAAUGACACAGAUGGUCUUGUGAAGGUUCUUGCUGAUAAGCACACUGACCGCAUGCUUGGCUCACACAUCAUUGGCCCAGGUGCGGGAGAAAUGAUCAAUGAGGCUGCACUUGCCAUGGAGUAUGGAGCUAGCUGUGAAGAUGUUGCAAGAGUUUGUCAUGCACAUCCUACUUGCUCCGAAGCGUUCAGAGAAGCAAAUUUGGCGGCAUAUUUUGGCAAACCAAUCAACUUUUAAUAUUGAAUGUUGACAGUGUCUUCAUUCUUUAGGAUACGUACUUGGUAUUUAUAGUUAUAUAAUUUUGACUUACAAAAAUUCAUGAGAAGUUUUGGAGAAUGUAAAUGUUAUUAAAUUUUAAACAACAAAAACUUUUCACUGCUGAGCUGUACAGUACUUCAAACAAUUUGUACCUUUUUCUGUUAUUACAAAUUUUUUACUUGUUAAAGAGAACUUUCAGGAUUUUAUUUUUUAUUUAAUAAUUUUAUUAAACAGUGAACCUUGUAGGGUUUAUAGUGUUUACUGGAUAAAACAUGUAAUGGGCAUGCUUUACUUCAAAUUGUAUAUAGUUGUGCAUAAAAAUUGUCAAGUCGGUGGACAAGAUGUAAGUACUCAAGAGUAUAUUAAUUUCUAAGUAAAGUAUUGAGUAGUUUUAUUUUAACUUAUUAUUUUGGUGGUUUAAAUGAUAUACUACUCCUUUCAAAGAAAGUCUUGAUUUAUCA